AUGGCUUAUGCAGACUAUUUGGGCCUCAUGUAUAAAUCACAGGAUGAUCUAAGAACACUAUGCAUCCAUUUGGAGGAGGCAGCAAAAAAGGUUGACUUACCAAUAAACGAAAGCAAAACAGAAUACAUGGUAAUGGGUAAAAGAGAUAGUACGAGAAUGUAUCCUACCCUAAGAGUAGGUAACCACGAAUUCAAACGAGUCAAACAAUUCAAAUAUUUAGGUUCAGUACUGAACGAAAAAAAUGAAACUGAAAAGGAAAUAGCAGCAAGAAUUUUGUCGAGAAACAAAUGUCUUUACGGACUCACAAAGAUACUAAGGUCACGGUCCCUAUCGAGAGAAAUAAAGUUACAAUUUUAUACGCCCUAUAAUUACAUAUGGAUCAGAAACAUGGACAUUAAGGAAAACGGAAGAAAAUAAAUUGAUCAUUCUAGAGAGGAGAACCCUAAGAAAGAUUUUUGGCCAGUAAAAGACAAGAUAACCGAGGGAUGGAGAACAAGGAAAAACAAAGAACUAGAGGAAAUCUUUCAGAAGCCAAACAUAUUAGAUAUAAUUCAGAGUAGGAAGCUGAAGUGGGCUGGUUACACGUGGCGUAGUCAGAACCUAUUACUGCACGUGGUAUUGGCAAAAAACCCAGUAGGAAAGAGGCCUCUUGGGCGACCCCGUUUAAGAUGGGAAGAUAUAAUAAAAAGAAACGUGGAAUCGUUGAACGGUGGCCCAAAUUGGAGAGAAAAAGCAGCGGACAGAGAGCCCUUUAGGAUUGGUUGUUCGACGGGAUGGUCUAGUGGCCGGUAUGGUCUAUGUCCUCCACUUAGAUACUUUCCGCCGAAAAACUACUAUCCACCUACCAUGUCAUUGUCAAUCUAUAUUAUCUUAUUUUGUUGUGUAAAUCAACUAAUUAACUUUAAAAGAUACAUUAUUCUACUACCAAUAAAAACUAGACACAUUAUGGAAUCAAAUAAAACAUUAUGCAUUAUCAUACCUAAAUUAAUUACGUUGUUAAGCUAACUAAACAUGUGUCUUUCAAAUGGAAUACUGACUGAAGGGGUUUUAGUUAAUUUUAUGGUACUUACUAAGGAGUAGUUAUUUUUCGAAUUUUCUAGUUUGCUUCGCAAAAAAUAAUUCAUACAAAUAAUAAAGUUUUGGUCUUAGUAUUACUCCAUCCUUCCUCUAUCUUAAUUCUUAACAGUGAUUAAUUAAAAUUAAUUUAAAUCAAUAGUUAUCGUGUUACAGAGAAAAUAUAGGAUAUUAAAUAAAUUAUUUCUUAUAUUCAGAUGCAUAUGGUGACAAGAUUUCUAAUAGCAAUCUAAAUAGUAGUAAGUUAUAUGUUUUGAAAAAAAUAUAAAUAAUAUUUAAAAAAAAAUAUUACCCAUACUUGUGAGGUAUACAGUGGUAGACUAUAAUUUGUGUGGUGGCGUAACACACAGUAUUUGAAUAGUGUUUUAUUACUUUCUCCUACCCAAUCUUAAAGAGGAAUAUCACCUUAACGAGUUGACCGAAAUUAACAAGUUCAAAACCAAUAUUUAUUUUAUCUAAAACGCUAUACAUUUAUGGAAUUUGUAUUAUAGGUUGUUAUUUUAUUGCGUCUCCUUGUCUCAAAUCAGUGACUACUUUAAACGAUUGAGAUGAGGAGUUUGAUAUUUUAAUUUUUAUCUCAGAAUUUUAUAUUCAGAAUAAAUAGGCUCGGUCUAUAUAUAGGCUUUCUUAAAGUCAACAAAAAAUGUAUAUACUUUCUUGUUGUACUCCCAAAUUUUUUUGAAAUGCCUGUUUUAUAAUAAAUAUUUGGUCUGUGGUAGAUUUGUUUGGUCUAAACAUCUAUUACCUCUUUGGUAAUCCCCCAAGAAUUCUUUCGGAAAUCUGUUUAAUUCUGUGUAGAAUUCAAUAGGAUAAUACUUUAUAUGUUGUGUUGAGCAAAGCAAUCUGUAAUUAUUGCACUCUAAAGAAUCAAUCAAUGUUAUUCUCCAAUCCUCCGGAAUCCUUUCUUCUUUCCAGAUCAAUUCUAUGAGGCUUCGUAUAUCUGAUAUGGUUUUUUCAUCUAGACUCUUUAAAAUUCCACUCUGAAUCUCAUCUUCACCCGAAGUUUUAUGAUUUUAUAACCUCUUAGUUUGCAGUGCUACCUCAAUUCUAGAUGGAGAGAGAUAUUCGUUCUCAUUGGUUUCUACGGCAGUCCAAGCAAAUGACUAGGGAUCCUCAUAAUUAAGGAAGUAUUUGAAGUAAUCUCUUCAUUUAUCUAAGAUAUCAUUUGGAUCUGUAAUCAGCGUACCAUCGAUAUUUUUAAAAAACUUUAUUUGUUUUUAAAUCCCUUCUUGAUAUAUUGGAAUAAUUGAUGUGGCCUGUUCAUUUUAUGGUACUUUUCUGUUUCCUCUAGCAUGUUCUUGGUAUAUCUUCUUUUUUCGUAUAUGAUUAUGCUGUUUACUUCUUUCUUACAUGUUCUGAAGUUGUUUUCUUUUUUGGCAUUUUUUGGGUUACCGAGCCAUUGAUAUUUACUUUGUUUUUUGCAUUUCAACGCCCUAAUACAUGUAUCAUUAAACCAUGGAUUUUCCCUCUGUUUUCCAUUACAGUACUUGAUUACAGAUUCUGUUCUAUUUUCAUCGUUGUUAUUAAAAAGUUGACGUAUUUUAUGUCUGAAGAUAUAAUGACAGUUCGGGUCAUCCAGUUUAGUUACAUUAUAUCUGGUUAGUAGUUCUUGAUUUGUUUGAGGGCGUCUUUUUAGGUUAAUUUUUAUUCACCUCCCACUAGAUAGUGGUUUCAGUCUAAGUCUACUCCUUUAAUCAUUCUAACUUCUGGUUACAAUUUUUAAAUCUCAAGUUAACUAGAACGUAGUCUAUUUGAUUAGUAAAACUUUCGUCUGGUGAUCUCCACUAAUAUGAAUAUUUAUGAAUGUUUUUAUGAGGGUAUAUUGUGCUCUUUAUUACUAGGUCGUUCCCAACUGUCAAGUCUAUUAGUUUAAGUUAUCAUUUAUACCACCGUGUAGGUAAUAAUUUCCUGCAGAUGGAUUUCCUGCAGAACAUGGUUUUUUCCCGACUUUUAAACUUAAAGCUCCUAUGACGAUCUGUAUUCUAUUACUGGGUAUUGAGUUCAGUGUAUUCUCUAUUCUCUAAGUUCCUCAUAGAACGUCUCUUUAUCCUUUUGUGAUUGAUUUUCUGUUGGAACAUGUACAUUAAUGAAGCCUAUAUCAAACCAUUGUGCUCCUAUUGUUAGUAGUUAAUUCUAGGGUUAAUAUCUUUGAACUUAUUGACCACUGGAACUAUACUACUUUUGUGUACAGCAAAAUCCGUUCCUAGUUGGCAUUGACCAGAUGGAAGAUAGUUGUAUCACUUAUAAUCACCGUCCGCGUACUACUCCAUCUAAUUUCUUAUAGCGCUGUUAAUUUAAUUUUAUGUUUUUCAAAUUCAUUCAGUAAGUUGUGAACUGCUCUAGAUUUUUAAAGUGUGCAUACGUCCCUAUUUCCAAAAGAAAAAUCCAUUUUCCUGUCGAUUUUCCGAAAGCUCUAUCCCAAUGCAAAUUUAGAUAUUCCUGAGUAUGUUGAAAUUUACUAGGCAGGGUUGUUAACCUUGCGCUAAAUCCCUAUCAGGAGAGCCGGGCUACGCCAUCCAUUUAAGGCAAGUAUGGAGCUUUUGCAGUGCAUUAAGUUGUGUACUAGGAAAUGGGCGUUUUUGGGAAAUCAUUUUUAGAUUUUCCCUAUAGUUUUACCAAAAAUUUAAAAAACUGGGAAAAACAUGGAAAGGACGUAGAAAAAUCUUACUCAAGGCAUGAAAAUCUAUUACUAUUUGGAAUUUUUGAUCACCUGUCGCAUUUAACAAAAGGGGUGUAUUCCAUGGAGAAUGCGAUGGCUUGAUUAUAUUAUCUACCUACAUUAUAUUUAUUAGUUUAUCUAUCUAUUUGUGCUAGGCCUACAGGAGACGUACGGCUGUCUAUAAAUCGGUGGUUGGUAUUUAGGUAAUUUUAUUUCAUAGUCCAUUGCGAUUGUAUAUUAUGUUAGUUUAUCACCCUCCAGGUGAAAAAUACCAGUCUACUGCUAGGUGGAGCUUGAUAAAUUUAGUCAGAGGGGGGCUUAAGCCACAGAUUACUUUUUACAUUGUAGCCCACUAGCACCGAAAAAGAUACUACAAAUAAAAAUAAAUUUCAUUGUUUAAAAUUGUUUACACAGAAAAUUAAAAUUUUUUUUUCUGAAUGUCUCAUGGUAAAACUGGUCUAAAUUAAAAAUGGUUUUAAUAAUUUCAUUUUAUUUUACAGAAAACGAAAGUAAAGCAUUACAAAAUAAAAUAAAUAGUGCAAUUAGUAAGUAUAAUUAUAGGUAAUAAGUACAAAUAUAUCUUCUUGGCUUGUUCAAAGCGUUAUAAUAUAGUGUUAUCUUUAUACUAAUAAAUCUAUCAAUAUUAAUUUUAUUUUUCCAAUCGAGUUUAAUUUGCGAAAGUUUACAUUAUAACUAAAUGUAAUAAAAUGUUGUAUAAUAAUCUUUUUUAUUGGUAGAAUAGAUUAUAUAAUAAAUAUAGUAGUAGUAUAGAUAUGCCGGUUCUGGCGCAGAUUGAUAUUUUUCACUUUAAAAACUAAUUUUUGAUCUAUAUUUACAUUGUUUUUAUUUCCUGUCUUUUUUAUAUGUAUAAAAUAAAAAAAAAUAAUAUUAAAAAAAAAUAAAUUAAAAAAAAAUAAAUUAAAAAAAAAUAUUUAAAUAUAAUAAUAAAAACAAUUUACAUAAACAUUGUACUAAGAACAGUUCUCUUAAACAAAAAUAAAUAAAAUAAUAAUAGAAAAUUUAACACAUGAUCAGUGUAUACAACAGGAGUAUCUUGGAAAUACCCCUAAUAAUUAGAACGAAAAAGAACACGAUUUAAAAACAAAUGUUACAUAAACAUUGCAAUAAGAACAGUUCUCUUUACUGUGGCCGUCGUGUAUAUGAUUGGAUUGAGAAAACUAUUGCAACAUUUUUUCCUUAUAUUUUUAUUUUCCUUUUAAAAAAUUUUUUGAACCUUAGUUAAAAAAAAAACAUUUUCUAUAAUAAAUGGAAAGCUUAAAAAUUAAAUUAAAUAAUGUCACCUUUAAUUAUAAAUUCAUUAAAUUAAGUGAUUUAGAAAUUUAUCAGAAAUAUUUUAGUAUUGAUAAAACAAGAUAUGGUGACAAAUUAAGUGUUAUUUUAGAUGAUAAAUUUAAAUUAUUUUUACCUCACAGAUUUUUAAAUAAUUUUUCCCAUAAAAAAAUUUAAACAUUCAAUAAAAACACACAAGAACAAAUCUUUUUGGUUUGUAAAGGUGUAAAACAACCUGAUAACAAUAAAAUAUUUUAUUUUAUUAAAUUUGUAUAGUUAAACCAUAUUUUAUCUACAUUCUUUUUAGUACAUAUUUUUUAAUUUAUUUUAAAUUAAAAAAAAAUAAAUGAGAAUAAUACAAAUAAAAAGCUGAAAACGUUGUACAAUAUCAUAUUUGUUCUAUGAUUGUGACACUUGUACAUGUUGUUUGUUGGACGAUUUGAUAUGUUAGUAGCAUAUCAGUGGUAAUAAACCCACGCGCAACCGGAAUUAGUAAGAUCAUAUGAUAGAUAAAUAGAUCAGAACAUUAGGAUAAUAAUAACUCAAUCCAAUCAUGUAUAAAAAAUAAUAUAUGUAAAAAGUGUGAUAGAAAAAUCGGUGGCCGCCGUGUAUAUAAUUGAAUUGAGAAAACUAUUGCAAAUUUUUUCCUUAUUUUUUUUUAUUUUCAUUAUAUCGCUCUUCAGAUUUGAUGAUCGGUGAGAUUUUAUUGUUUCAAAUAACAAUUUAGUUCAUUAUAAUUCAUACCAAUGACUAUAUUGUUUCUUUCCUUGUAUACAUAAUUUAUAUUAAAAUUAUCAUUCUUUUUUACUAUUUGUUUUUAUUAAAUUAUCAAGGUAUUCUCUCAAAUUUACUCUUUCUAUGUUGAAUAAUGUCCCCAUGCUAAAGUAUUUAUACCUUUAUCUAAAAUAUAUCUUUUAUCAUCGUAUGCACUAAGAGUUUUUUUUUUUUUGUUCAACAGUAUAUAUUUCAUGUUUAUCUGUUCUAAAAUGUUCUGUUUUACAUAUUUUGGAUUUUUACUUUUUAAACAAUUAUAAAAAUCAUUAAAACAUAAUUCAUUUUUAACUAUAAGUUUUUUCACACAUUUGCUUUUUUAAUUUCAUUUUUAUUUUCAAAUACUUUAAAUGCAUAUAAUUUAGAUCUUAACCCAACAAAUUCAGCUAUUAUUUGCCCAUUAAACUCAUCUUUAAAUUUACCUAGAACUUUUUUAUUUAUUUGUGGUAUUCUAUAUUUAUUAUUCUUAGAAUAAUCUGAUAUUUUUUUCAAUACGUUAUAAUAAAAAUCAUACAUUCGAGUUUUAAAUAAACCUAAAAUACACAUUGCUAAAUAAAUUGGUUGUUUCAAUUCAACCAUAGUUUUUUUCAUAUGUACAGCUACUAAGUUUUCUGUAAAAAUAGUUGCUCGAUCAAAAUUUGGUUUAGCAACCCAUUUUUCUAUUUUUUUCUGUUGUUAAUUAGUUUCAUAUCUUUAUAGUUCCUUGUGUUCAUCAUAGUCCUACCAAAUACACUUAAAUUCUAUAUACGGUUUUAACCAAUCUUUUUGAUCAAAUUCUAUUAUCCUAUGUAUUUUCUUUAAUUUUAAACCUAAACUUAAAUAUAGAAUAGAAUGAUUAUAAUGUAGAAUACAUUUUUUCUUAUCAUAUAGAGUUGUUAAUUUUGGUAAUUCUGUAGUAUCAAACACAUUUUCAGGAGCCAAUGGAAAAUCAGAAUGAAGAUCCUGAAGCUCUUCAGGAUAUUUCAAAUCUACUUCGAAAAUAUAGCCCUUUUCCUGGUCAUCUUUCAUUCUUAAAAAUUUUUCUGUAUUAAACAAAUCAGGAUUACACCAUUUAAAACCUUUAUAUGGUAAAUAUUUACACAACGCCUAUCCAUAGAGAUUAUUUGUAUCCAAAUCUAAGAGAUAUUUCGUUGAUGUUUUUCUUUUCUUUUCUCUCCAAUAUAUUUAUUACUUGCUUUAGAAUAUCUAAUACUACUUUGAGAUAAUCCUCCUCUUAUUCCUUGUUCAAACAUUAAAUACAUAUUAAUAUCUCUUAUUAGUUCUAAUACUACACCUGUUUUUCUAAGCAUAGCAUUCCACGCAAAACCUAGAGUUGUAUAACAAUGAACAGGAUCCAACUAAAAAUGUCUUAUUGAAACAUCUCUAUAACUUUCCAUUACAUCUGUAAGUAAUAUUACUCUAUUUUAUUAUAAAGUAUGGUAAAAUCUCUCAUAUUUUUAUUUUCGAAUCUUUCUCAUAUUUUUUUAGCAUUUUCAUAUGUUUUUUGUGUUAGAUGUUCGCCUGUAAGAGAGCUGUAAAAUUUAUCUAUAUUAGGUAGAGAUUCUUCAUCAUAUUUUUCUGAAGAAUCCAUAUAUUCAUAAGGAUAUGCUAAUUUUCCUUUUACUAAAUCCAAUUUUUCAGGAAAAUGUUUAGACAGUUCUUUAAACUGAUUUGGUAUUAGCUAAUUUUUCUAAAGAGCUAGAUAAGAACUUGAAAGAAUCAAGAAAUCUUAUUUCAACUGUAUUAAAAACAAGUUUUCCUUUUUAUUUAAAACAGGUUCUUUAGUUAUGGGAUCUUUUUUCACAUACCUCACAAUUUUUGACAAUGAUAUAUAAUUUUCUUCACUAUUUGCAAUUUUUUUUUAUAUNUCAUAAGGAUAUGCUAAUUUUCCUUUUACUAAAUCCAAUUUUUCAGGAAAAUGUUUAGACAGUUCUUUAAACUGAUGGUUUUAGCUAAUUUUUCUAAAGAACUAAAUAAGAACUUGAAAGAAUCAAGAAAUCUAAUUUAAACUGUAUUAAAAACAAGUUUUCCUUUUUAUUUAAAACAGGUUCUUUAGUUAUGGGAUCUUUUUUCACAUAUCUCACAAUUUUUGAAAAUGAUAUAUAAUUUUCUUCACUAUUUGCAAUUGUUUUUAUAUUAUCUUUAUCAAUAACUAAUUCUUUUUUGAAUAAAUGCCGGUCAUAACCAGAUAGAUUGUGGAAAAAUACUGGAAUAAAUCUAGGAACCUUAUAAUUUAGAUAACAUAUUGAAUGAGCAGCACCUCAAUAUUUUCCUGAUAAAUGAUCAUAAACUCUAACUUUUUUCAUAUUAUCCUCAAGAUCUUCAAUGAACAUCUGUUUUUCUUUCUGUUUCUCAUCAAGCUGUUUUUUAAAAUAUUCAAUUUCUUUUUCUAUAUUUUCUAANACUAUUUGCAAUUUUUUUUUAUAUUAUCUUUAUCAAUACCUAAUUCUUUUAUGAAUAAAUGCCGGUCAUAACCAGAUAGAUUGUGGAAAAAUACUGGAAUAAAUCUAAGAAUCUUAUAAUUUAGAUUACUUAUUGAAUGAGCAGCACCUCAAUAUUUUCCUGAUAAAUGAUCAUGAACUCUAACUUUUUUCAUAUUAUCCUCAAGAUCUUCAAUGAACAUCUGUUUUUUUUUCUGUUUCUCAUCAAGCCGUUUUUUCUAAAAUAUUCAAUUUCUUUUCCUAUAUUUUCUAAAUCUAAUCUUUCUUUUUUAUUCUUAUUCUCAACUAUUGAUCCUCUUUUUAAUUUAGAUUGCCAAUAAUCAAAUGUUUCAUUAAAUAUUAUAUUUCUUUUCACUAGUAUUGGUGGUAAAUCACUUAAAGAUUUUUCACAUAUAUGACAAAUAUUUUCUUUUUCAAAUUCAGUUACUUGUUCUUUGGUUAUUAACAUAGGUUUUUUUUACAUCUAAAUAAUUUUUUUUGCAAUAUAAAUUGCUGCAUCAUUUAUUUUUUCAUAAAAAACUUUAGCUGCAUCUUCACCUGUAUAUGUUACUAGAUUAUUUUUACUAAUAUUACUAUAUUUAACAUUAAAACAAAAACUAACGGGUANUGAAAGAAUCAAGAAAUCUUAUUUCAACUGUUUUAAAAAUAGGUUUUCCUUUCUGAUCUAAAACAGGGUUUUUAGUAAUUGGAUCUAUGUGUAUAUAUUGUAUAUUUUUUGAAAAUGAUAAAUAAUUUUCUUCACUAAUGGCAAUUUUUUUUAUAUUAUCUUUAUCAAUACCUAAUUCUUUUAUAAAUAAAUGUGCGUCAUAACCAGAUAGAUUGUGGAAAAAUACUGGAAUAAAUCUAGGAACCUUAUAAUUUAAGUUACAUAUAGAAUGAGCAGCUCCUCGAUAUUUUCUUGUUAAGUGAUUGUGAUCUUUAAGCUUUUAAGAUAUUAUCUUCAAGUUCUUCAAGAACAUCUGUUUUUCUUUCGUUAAUUCAUCAAGCCGCUUUUUAAAAUAUUCAGUUUCUUUUUCUAUAUAUUCUAAAUCUAAAUUUUCAGAUUGACAAUAAUUAAUAGUUUCAUCAAGUAUUCUAUUUUUUUUUCACUAGUAUUGGUGGUAAAUCACUUAAAGAUUUUUCACAUAUAUGACAGUUAUUUUCUUUUUCAAAUUCAUUUUUUUAUUCUUUGGUUAUUAUCAUAGGUUUUUUACAUCUAAAUAAUUUUUUGCAAUAUAAAGAGCUUUCUUUUUUAUUUUCUCAUAAAAAACUUUUGCUAAAUCUUCACCUGAAUAUGUUACUAGAUCAGAUUCAUGUAUUUAUCCCCUUUACUUGAUUUUACUUUUUUGUAUUUUUAUUAUUAUUAUGAUAUAAUAUUUCUGUUUCUAUUAAUAUCUUUUCAUAAUUCUUAAUAUCAUCAUCAGAAUAUGAUUUUUUAUCUAUAUUUUUAUUAUAUGUUAAUAAUCUCCAUAAACCUUGUGUUCCUUUAUAAGUUUGUUCAUUUAAAAUAAUAUCGUUAUCUUUAAUAUGAAUCUCAUUUUUACCUAUUAUAUGCAUAUUUGUUUCAUGAUUAUGAAAAAUCCCAAAUUUAUCAUCUGAUAAUUUGAGUAAAUAAUGAACUGUAAUAACUCCUAUUUUGCUGUUAAUAAUUGAAUUUUUAAUUUCUGUUUCUAAGUCUCUAUCUCUUAUCAUGUGUUGUUGUUUAGUAAUAAAAUCUGAUGUUUGUGUUAACGGUUUCACAGAAACUAAAAAUGUUUUAAUAUCAUCAUCGGUUUUUCUGACAGCUUCUUCAACAUUUUUUAAUCCGUUGGUAAUAGGUUCAAAAGCUUUUUGUUUUUCUAUUUCUUUAUUUAGUUUUUUCUCUGCUUCAUUUCAAUAUAUUUUUCGCAAUUUUUUUUCAAGAUUAAUUGUUUCAUUAAUCUCUGCAUUUGUUGGUUCUUUUUUCUCUUCAAAAUGUAUUUUUUUUGUAUUUUAUUAGAUUUUUUUAAGUUUAAUCCACUUUUAAUUUUUCUCUUAAGAUUGUUUUGAAUUUGUUCAAGUGUUCUCAUUUAUUAUACAAAAAUAUAUUUUUUUCAAUAAAUUUUCAUUAACUGAUAUUUUUUAUUUAAUAUUUAACCUUCAACGAUUAACGGCUUACAUUCAAUAGUUAACAUUCAAUUUUUAAUGUUCGCAUAAAAAUUGGUCUAAUUUAUUAUAGAGAUGAUUAGUUGUUAUAUCCAUUGAUAAGAAUCCAAAUGGUUUUUUUCAACAUUUCUUACAAAGUAAAUUAAAUAAACUUAAUUUAUUAUCACUUAUAAAAUCUUCCCAUAUUUUUUUGAAUAUAAUGAUCCGGCUGUUUAAAAAUAAUUACAAAAUUUAAAUUGUUUCUUAUAAUUUUUAAAUCUACAGCAGUAUAACUUUGUGUUAAAUAAAUACAAGAAAUAUUUUUAUGUCGACCUCUUAUAAAAUAUUGUUUCAUUAUUGUUUGUUUUUCAAAAAUAACUAAAAUAUUCGGUUUACAUUCAUCAACAGAAACUUUACCUUCAUUAGAAAUAACUGUUUCGAUUUUAUUUAUAUCAUUAAAUAUUUCUACUAAUUUCUCAUAAAUCGGUUGAUUUAUGGUUUUUGUAAAAAUAUAAAUUAAAUUAAUUUAAAAUGAAUUAUUUACUUGGUCUAUAGUAUAUUUUCCAUAUUUUAAUUCAAUUAUAUUGUGGUCAACUUUUAAUAAACAAUCUGUUUCAAUAUUAAUUAAAUUAGAAGUAAUACAUAACACUAGAACACCAACAAAUAAAUUAUCUCCAAAUAUAGGAUUUUCUAACCUUUUGAAUCCGUUCUUUUAUUUUUAUUAUUCUCAUUUAUUUUUUUUAAUUUAAAAUAAAUUAAAAAAUAUGUACUAAAAAGAAUGUAGAUAAAAUAUGGUUUAACUAUACAAAUUUAAUAAAAUAAAAUAUUUUAUUGUUAUCAGGUUGUUUUACACCUUUACAAACCAAAAAGAUUUGUUCUUGUGUGUUUUUAUUGAAUGUUUCAAUUUUUUUAUGGGAAAAAUUAUUUAAAAAUAUAAGGAAAAAAUGUUGCAAUAGUUUUCUCAAUUCAAUUAUAUACACGGCGGCCACCGAUUUUUCUAUCACACUUUUUACAUAUAUUAUUUUUUAUACAUGAUUGGAUUGAGUUAUUAUUAUCCUAAUGUUCUGAUCUAUUUAUCUAUCAUAUGAUCUUACUAAUUCCGGUUGCGCGUGGGUUUAUUACCACUGAUAUGCUACUAACNCUCAUUUAUUUUUUUUAAUUUAAAAUAAAUUAAAAAAUAUGUACUAAAAAGAAUGUAGAUAAAAUAUGGUUUAACUAUACAAAUUUAAUAAAAUAAAAUAUUUUAUUGUUAUCAGGUUGUUUUACACCUUUACAAACCAAAAAGAUUUGUUCUUGUGUGUUUUUAUUGAAUGUUUAAAUUUUUUUAUGGGAAAAAUUAUUUAAAAAUCUGUGAGGUAAAAAUAAUUUAAAUUUAUCAUCUAAAAUAACACUUAAUUUGUCACCAUAUCUUGUUUUAUCAAUACUAAAAUAUUUCUGAUAAAUUUCUAAAUCACUUAAUUUAAUGAAUUUAUAAUUAAAGGUGACAUUAUUUAAUUUAAUUUUUAAGCUUUCCAUUUAUUAUAGAAAAUGUUUUUUUUUUAACUAAGGUUCAAAAAAUUUUUUAAAAGGAAAAUAAAAAUAUAAGGAAAAAAUGUUGCAAUAGUUUUCUCAAUCCAAUCAUAUACACGACGGCCACAGUAAAGAGAACUGUUCUUAUUGCAAUGUUUAUGUAACAUUUGUUUUUAAAUCGUGUUCUUUUUCGUUCUAAUUAUUAGGGGUAUUUCCAAGAUACUCCUGUUGUAUACACUGAUCAUGUGUUAAAUUUUCUAUUAUUAUUUUAUUUAUUUUUGUUUAAGAGAACUGUUCUUAGUACAAUGUUUAUGUAAAUUGUUUUUAUUAUUAUAUUUAAAUAUUUUUUUUUAAUUUAUUUUUUUUUAAUUUAUUUUUUUUUAAUAUUAUUUUUUUUUAUUUUAUACAUAUAAAAAAGACAGGAAAUAAAAACAAUGUAAAUAUAGAUCAAAAAUUAGUUUUUAAAGUGAAAAAUAUCAAUCUGCGCCAGAACCGCCAUAUCUAUACUACUUAUAGUACUAUAAAAUCUAUGGUUUAACAAUGUUUAUUCAAGUAAAUUGAAACCAUGUAUAUUUUUAUUUAUUAGAAAAUGUCUUUUCCACCAAUGAGAAAAUUGCUUUUCAUGUAUGCACAGGUAAGAUUUUUUUACAAAUUUAUUUAUUUGGCAAUACAAAAGUGAUUCAUAUUUUAAGUAAAACUUUGGAAAGUAUAUUAAUCGUGAAUUACCAUCAAAAUACCAACUAUUUAUAGUUUAUUUAUAACUAUUUAUAUACGUAAAUGUUUAAUGGACCAUCAAAAUAAAUAUUUCAUAAAUUAUUAAUUUAUUUUUGAAAUCAUUUUUUACAGAUAGAUUUGUAAAAUCCAUGUUAAACUUGAAAGAAGAUGUGUUGUGUAAGCUAAUAAAAAUAUUAAAUAUUUUGAAAAGGUUAGGUUAAGUUUGGUAUUGUUUUUAAAAACAAGGAAGUGUUUAUAUUAAAUACAUUCUUUUUAGUACAUAUUUUUUAAUUUAUUUUAAAUUAAAAAAAAUAAAUGAGAAUAAUAAAAAUAAAAGAACGGAUUCAAAAGGUUAGAAAAUCCUAUAUUUGGAGAUAAUUUAUUUGUUGGUGUUCUAGUGUUAUGUAUUACUUCUAAUUUAAUUAAUAUUGAAACAGAUUGUUUAUUAAAAGUUGACCACAAUAUAAUUGAAUUAAAAUAUGGAAAAUAUACUAUAGACCAAGUAAAUAAUUCAUUUUAAAUUAAUUUAAUUUAUAUUUUUACAAAAACCAUAAAUCAACCGAUUUAUGAGAAAUUAGUAGAAAUAUUUAAUGAUAUAAAUAAAAUCGAAACAGUUAUUUCUAAUGAAGGUAAAGUUUCUGUUGAUGAAUGUAAACCGAAUAUUUUAGUUAUUUUUGAAAAACAAACAAUAAUGAAACAAUAUUUUAUAUUAAAAUUGUGCAGUUUUUGACAAAACAAAUUUUAAUUUAUUAUUCAAAAAAAAAAUUUUUAUGUAAACGUUUAGUUUCUGGAAUAUGAUUCUUAAAACAUUUUAAAUAUGCUGUUUAUUAAAGAUAUUAGCCUGUGGUUUUCUGGUAGCAGAUGGUUUUUCAUGGGUUUGGGAAUUAUGACGAUCUGGAUUUUUUUCCACUGUUCAGAGAAAUAGGAAAGUCUAAAACUAGACGUAUAUAUGUUCACUAGGAGAACAAAGGCUAUUUUUGGAAGAUGUUUUAGAGUUUUUUUUUUGAUUUGAUCCUCACCUGAAGCUUUCACUGGUAGAAGGCUUUUUAUUAUGUCACACACGUCAACUGGGGAGACGAAUAAAUCUGAAGGGAGAUUGUUUGGGUCGCGAAGCUUUGUAACUGAAUCGAUAACUUCAGGUAAUUGUGGACCUAAAUUGUUUAGGAACUGGGAAAAAAUUUGUCUGCGAAUAGCUCGGCCUUAGGGUUUAUGUCAAAAGACUUUUGUCUCCUCUUGGGUAAUUAGCGGCUGGUAUGGGAGUGGUUUGUGGAGAAGUCGACGAUUAUGUUUGUAUACGAUAUGGCUCUAUUGUUAAAGUAAAGAAUAGAGGUGAAAAGAUUCCAUUCAGAAUUUUCAUGCUGGGUGAGGAUUCCUUUUACGUGAGCCAUUUGAGCGUUGUACAGAGUUUUUGCCUGUAG